GGCCGCGGAGCAUGCUAUGUCGUGGAGGUCGACACCCAGCGCGAACGCUGGCAUGAACUGGCUCGGGUACUCCAGUCGCGAGGAACUUGAAGCCAGCGGCAUCCUGGACAAAUGGGUGCAGCAGCAGCAACAGCAGCAGAACAACCUCCUGCCCUCCCGCCGCUCGUCGAUACAGCUCUGCCCGCGAUGCCUGGGCCAUCGCAUUGAGAAGAUCGUGUACAACUCGAUGGUGCUCGAGCAUAAUUGCUCCGAGUGCGAUGGAGAAGGUGUGGUUCGUCCACGGGCGUCAGGACCACAAACGCCAGCGUCCCCGACGAGCGCAACGACGGCGUAGCAGUUCAGGGCCAGUCGGACUGCAGACUGCAGUCUUAACAAAGCCUUUAACUCUGUAAUGAAUGGAUCUUGAAUGGAUU